UUGCUAUUGGCUGCAGCAGCAGCUUCCCUCUAACAAUGCUAACAGCGGCUAAACCAGAGACAUAUAUGUCUAUGGCUAAACUCUCAGAGGCAAGACGCCAGACGUCACAGUUAGUAGUGUGACGUUGUAACCAUCGUACGUAGUGACGACACAGCUGCGGUUAUCUGUUUAUUUCAGGAGUUAACAGAACUAACGGAGCUAACAGGAGCAAGCAGCAGGAUUAUCUGACCCUGGCGCCGUGUCAGCAGUCUGCAGCAGCUUUGUGUCUGAACGGACAGAUUCCGUUCUGCUGAAGGAUCCAACGAGCAGCUGGACUCAACGCAACUGAGAUGGACCUGGACCUGGGCCAGUGUGAGCCGGGCCGGUCCGUGUCUCCUGUCACCAGGCUGGUUCCUGCAGCGCUGACACCUACAACAUGUCGGCCUGUGAUCCAGCUGCUGUAGAGGAACCUCCCUGUUCUCCCGGUGCUCCUGGUCCUGGGCGCCCCCCCUUGGCGGAGAAGGCCCUUUCGGAGGCCUUCUCCCGGCUGAGGUACCGGGACACGUCCCUGCUGGUCUGGCAGCAGCAGCAGCAGGACCUGCAGGCGGCGCCCCCCUCCACCUACCUGACCCGCAGCCAGUCGGCCUGGUACAGCAGCUUCGGGAACCAGGCUGUGGUGGUCCGGGACAAGAGGGGCCUGGAGGACCCCGAGGGCCGGUCCAGGAUCUGCAGUGUCAUGUAGACAGGACCAGAGACCUGAACUGACUGAAGUGCUGCAGCUUGUCUGCUGGUUUAUGAGACUUAAAACAGUUUGAGACUAAAUUAAUUUUUCAGAUUUUUUUGUUCCUUCUGGGUUUGAAUGUUAAUUUUCCUGAUGAACUUGUUUCUCCUGAGAGUCUCAGACUUUCUCUACAAGAUGAACUAGUUGGAGAUCUGGAUAACUGGAGAUCCAGACAGAGUUUGUAAAUGUUUUCAGAUGAAUCGUCAAUAAAAUACGAGUGAGA